AUGAAGAUCACCACAGCGUUGGCGGGCCUCUUGGCCACAGCAUUCGCCGCCCCAGUCACCGAAUCUGCUUUGGUGGAGCGUAGUUCGGUUAACUACGUCCAGAACUACAACGGCAACCUUGGUGCCUUCACGUACAACGAAGGUGCCGGAACCUAUUCCAUGUACUGGCAGGAUGGAGUUAGUAACGAUUUCGUCGUUGGUUUGGGCUGGAGCACUGGCUCUGCUCGCUCUAUCUCCUACUCGUCAUCCUACAGCGCCUCCGGCUCUGGCUCCUACCUCGCCGUAUACGGUUGGAUCAAUUCUCCUCAAGCCGAAUACUACAUAGUCGAGAGCUACGGCAGUUAUAACCCUUGCAGCGGGGCAACGAACCUUGGUACCGUCUCCUCUGACGGAGGCACAUACACCGUCUGCACCGACACUCGUACAAACCAGCCAUCCAUCACGGGUACGAGCACCUUCACGCAGUACUUCUCCGUUCGACAGAAUCAGCGCACGUCUGGAACUGUCACUACCAGCAACCAUUUCAACUUCUGGGCCCAGCACGGCUUCGGUAACAGCAACUUUAAUUACCAGGUCGUGGCGGUGGAGGCCUGGAGUGGCAAGGGAAGCGCCAGUGUCACCAUCUCAUCGUAA